AUGGCAACUAUCUACGUCAACGGCAACGUCUACACGGUCGACGCGGCCCUGCCAAAGGCGGGCGGGUUCGUGGUCGAGGCCGACGGUAACUUUGGCGCCGUCGGCUCGACAGGCGAGCUGCUGGAGCUAGCUAAGCAGACGGGGGCCACGCUGGUUGACUUGAAGGGCCAGUUCGUGAUGCCGGGGAUGCACGACGCCCACUGUCAUUUGCUGGUCGCCUCGCAGGAGAAGCUCUUCGAGGCCAAGCUGGGCCUCGAGUCUGGUCCCGAGGAGACCGUCAGUAAACUGCGGUCGUACGCCUCGUCCUGCCAGCAUCUCGAGACAGUGGGCAACUGGCUGAUCGGCAACUUCUACCACUGGCGUAACUUCAAGAAUAAGAAGCCGGACCGCCAGUUCCUCGACGACGCGUUUGGCGACCAGCCCGUGGUGAUCCGCGAGUACACCACCCAUAAUAUCUUUGCGAACACGGCCGCGCUCAAGGCGGCCGGGUACGAGGAGAACCCCGAGGACCCGUGGGACGGGUACUAUGUCCGACGGGAGGACGGCACCAUCACGGGCGAGCUGAUCGAGGGCGCGGCCAAGCGCAUGUGGUCGUCAAUCCCCAAGGGCACGCCCGAGUCGCACGUCGAGGCCCUGACGUACGGGGUCAAGAUGGCCAACCGCUUCGGCUUCACCGCGGUGCAGGAGGCCUCGGCCAACGCCGUAUACCUGGAGGCGGCCAAGAAGGUGGACGAGCUAGGCCUCAUGACCAUCAACCUCGACGCCCACGUUGUCUUCUGGGGCGCCGCCUUCAGCCAGGAGCUGCCGGAGACGCUGAUCAAUAGCAUUAACCGGGCGUACCGCUACCAGACCAAACACUUCAACCCUAUGUUCAUCAAGUUCUGGCUCGACGGCGUGCCGUGGGAGCCCCAUCUCACCCACUGCCCGCUCGACGACGCCGGCAAGCCAGAGUAUAAGAAGAUCCUCGUGCCCCCAGCCAUCUUUGCCGAUGCCAUUGAGCGAUUCGACAAGGAAGGCCGCACGUGCAAGGUACACGUGUGCGGCCAAGGGUCCGCGCGGUUCGCCCUCGACUGCUUCGAGGAGAUGCGGGCGCGGCGACCAGACGGGCCCCGGCACGAGCUAGCACAUAAUAUGGAUGUCCACGCCGACGACUUUGCCCGGUAUAAGAAGCUCAAUGUGACGGCGGAGAUGAGCCCGGCCAUCUGGCACGAGGCUGACUACCAGCCUGAGCAUAACCCGAUGUCGGUCUACCCGUUCACGGGCCUGAGAGACGCGGGGGCCCUGCUCACCAUCGGCAGCGACUGGGUCUUUGCCCCUGAGACCCCUAACAUCUUCCCCGGCCUGCAGGCCCUGCUCGAGGGCCGCAAGGGCUGGGAGAUGACUAAGGAAGAGAUCCUACGCAUCAUGACGAUGGACGGCGCCAAAGCCACUGGCCGCGAGACCCGCGAAGGCAGCAUCACCCCUGGCAAGCAGGCCAACUUCAUCAUCCUCGACCGCGACCUGGAAAAGGCCGAGGACAUCAGCACCACCAUCGUGCUCAAGACCUUCUUCGAGGGCAAAGAGGUCUACGACUAUGCCAGCGACGAGCUCAAGCACUUCCAGGGCCGACCAGGCUAGUCAACCAAGCCUUUUUUCCAUAGUCAUAUUUAUAUAUCCGUAGGAAAUGC